CGUCGGCGUAGGGGAGUGCUCUCGUGGCCCGAGCGUUACUCUGGCCGGGAGUGGGGGCCGCGCUUCGGCGUCGCGUCCGUGCGUGUGUGAGUGCGCGAGCGGGUCGAUGAUGCCGGCGCUGCCGCCGUCCGACUCAGCAGCAGCAGCAGCAGCAGACUCGGGAGUGCGAGCGCGCAGUUGUCAGUCUCUGGCCCAACGCUCGUUCGCCGCCGCCACCGUCGUCGUCGUCGCCGCCGCCGCCGCCGCCGCCGCCGCCGCCGCCGCCGCCGCUGCCGCACAGCCAGAGAGACAGUUCGUUUGAUACGCAUCCCCACGGACAGACCGAGGCGAGCACGACAUCCCGGGAGCGAGAGAGGUGUGCGCACUCGCUCGCGUCGUUCGGCUCCGAGUGACAGUGCGUUCGAUCCGCAGAGGCGCUGGCCUGAGCGCGAGCGCAGCAGCAGUCUCGCGGUACUCCGCUCGGCGUCGGCCUCUUCGAAUUUGCCCCCGCACGCACGUCGGCAUCAACGGCGACUUGACGCAGCGCUGCCGCCAUGGCUGACGACGACAAGUGAGACGGGUCUUCGCGCACCGAGGGAAGAUUUCGCUCAGCACGACUCUGCGAUCAGUCGGCGGGGACCACGGAGGACACGGCUCCUCGAACGGACUAGCGCAAACCCAGAGACACGCAGUGUGUCGCACGGAUUUCACUUGUGUUGUUGCCCGGCGACACUCGACUGAGCGAAUUUAACCGCAAACAGGGAACUCUCGUGGAUCUCCAGUCAUGUCGCGGCGGAAAUCCCCAAAAAGGAAGGGAGGAAAUCUCGAUGACCUCAAGCAGGAGUUGGUCAUCGACUUUCACAAGAUCUCCCCGGAAGAGCUGUACCAGAGAUUUCAGACCCAUCCCGAGAACGGCCUUAGCCAUGCGAAGGCGAAGGAGAAUCUGGAGCGGGACGGUCCGAACGCGCUGACGCCACCGAAGCAAACGCCCGAGUGGGUGAAAUUCUGCAAGAAUCUGUUCGGUGGCUUCGCGCUACUGCUAUGGAUCGGCGCGAUCCUCUGCUUCAUCGCGUACUCCAUUCAGGCGUCGACGAGCGAGGACCCGAACGACGACAAUUUGUAUCUGGGCAUCGUGCUGGCCGCCGUAGUCAUCGUCACCGGCAUCUUCUCCUACUACCAAGAGAGCAAAUCCAGCAAGAUCAUGGAAUCGUUCAAGAACAUGGUGCCGCAGUUCGCGACUGUGAUUCGCGAGGGCGAGAAGAUCACCGUCAAGGCCGAGGAUCUGGUGCUUGGUGACGUAGUCGACGUCAAGUUCGGCGACAGGAUUCCAGCCGACCUGAGGAUCAUCGAGUCUCGAGGCUUCAAGGUUGACAACAGCUCGCUGACGGGCGAGUCCGAGCCUCAGUCAAGGUCGCCCGAGUUCACGAACGAGAACCCGCUGGAGUCGAAGAAUCUGGCGUUCUUCUCGACGAACGCCGUAGAGGGCACGGCCAAAGGUGUGGUGAUUUGCUGUGGCGAUCAGACGGCGAUGGGCCGAAUUGCCGGUUUGGCAUCAGGCCUUGACACCGGAGAGACACCGAUCGCCAAGGAGAUCCACCACUUUAUCCACUUGAUCACGGGCGUGGCCGUGUUCCUCGGCGUGACAUUCUUCAUCAUCGCCUUCAUCCUCGGCUACCAUUGGCUCGACGCCGUGAUCUUCCUCAUCGGUAUCAUCGUCGCCAACGUGCCCGAGGGCCUGCUCGCCACCGUGACGGUCUGCCUGACGCUCACGGCCAAGCGCAUGGCGUCCAAGAAUUGUCUGGUCAAGAACCUCGAGGCCGUGGAGACCCUGGGCUCCACCUCGACCAUCUGCUCCGACAAGACGGGCACCCUCACGCAGAACCGCAUGACAGUCGCUCACAUGUGGUUCGACAACCAGAUCAUCGAGGCCGACACCACUGAGGACCAGUCCGGCGUACAGUACGACCGCACCUCGCCGGGCUUCAAAGCACUCGCCAAGAUCGCGACCCUCUGCAAUCGCGCCGAAUUCAAGGCCGGCCAGGACGGUCUGCCGAUCCUCAAGCGCGAGGUCGCCGGUGACGCCUCCGAGGCCGCGCUGCUCAAGUGCAUGGAGCUCGCACUCGGCGACGUGAUGGGCAUUCGCAGGCGCAACAAGAAGGUCUGCGAGGUCCCGUUCAACUCGACCAACAAGUACCAAGUCUCCAUCCACGAGAGCGAGGACUCGAGCGACCCGCGCCACCUGCUGGUGAUGAAGGGCGCACCGGAGCGCAUCCUCGACCGCUGCUCCACCAUCUUUAUCGGCGGCAAGGAGAAGGUCCUCGACGAGGAAAUGAAGGAGGCCUUUAACAAUGCUUAUCUGGAAUUGGGCGGCUUGGGCGAGCGUGUGCUCGGCUUCUGCGACUUUGUCUUGCCGUCCGACAAGUUCCCCGUUGGCUUCAAGUUCAACUGCGACGAUCCUAAUUUCCCCACCGAGGGACUGCGCUUCGUCGGCCUUAUGUCGAUGAUCGAUCCGCCGCGCGCGGCUGUGCCCGACGCCGUCGCCAAGUGCCGCUCGGCUGGUAUCAAGGUCAUCAUGGUCACCGGCGAUCAUCCGAUCACUGCCAAAGCCAUUGCCAAAUCCGUCGGCAUCAUCUCCGAGGGUAACGAGACCGUGGAGGACAUUGCCCAGAGGCUCAACAUUCCCGUGUCGGAGGUGAAUCCCCGCGAGGCCAAGGCCGCCGUAGUUCACGGUACCGAGCUCAGGGAGUUGGACUCCAGCGCGCUGGAUGACAUUCUUAGGUACCACACCGAAAUUGUGUUCGCCCGCACGUCGCCUCAGCAGAAGCUCAUCAUCGUCGAGGGUUGCCAGAGAAUGGGUGCCAUUGUCGCUGUUACUGGCGACGGUGUGAACGACUCCCCAGCUUUGAAGAAGGCUGAUAUCGGUGUUGCAAUGGGUAUCGCCGGUUCGGACGUGUCGAAACAGGCCGCCGACAUGAUUCUCCUCGACGAUAAUUUCGCCUCGAUUGUCACUGGUGUUGAGGAAGGACGUCUUAUCUUCGAUAAUCUCAAGAAGUCCAUCGCCUACACCCUCACUUCCAACAUCCCUGAGAUCUCGCCGUUUUUGGCUUUCAUCCUAUGUGACAUUCCUCUGCCACUUGGCACUGUCACCAUUCUUUGCAUUGAUUUGGGAACUGACAUGGUGCCGGCCAUCUCGUUAGCCUACGAGGAAGCGGAGAGCGAUAUUAUGAAGCGACAACCACGAAACCCGUUCACUGACAAGCUAGUUAACGAAAGGCUUAUCUCGAUGGCAUACGGACAGAUCGGCAUGAUCCAAGCUGCGGCCGGAUUCUUCGUCUACUUCGUGAUCAUGGCUGAGAACGGCUUUCUGCCAUUGUAUCUCUUUGGCAUCCGCAAGAAAUGGGACUCCAAGGCUAUCAACGAUUUGCAGGACAGCUACGGUCAGGAGUGGACCUACCGAGACCGCAAGACGCUGGAAUUCACCUGCCACACGGCUUUCUUCGUGUCGAUUGUCAUCGUGCAGUGGGCCGACUUGAUUGUCUGCAAGACCCGUCGUAAUUCUAUCAUCCACCAGGGCAUGAGAAACUGGGCCCUCAACUUCGGUCUCGUCUUCGAAACCGCCCUCGCCGCGUUCCUAAGCUACACGCCCGGUAUGGACAAGGGUCUCAGAAUGUUCCCGCUCAAAUUCGUUUGGUGGCUACCGGCCAUUCCCUUCAUGCUCGCCAUUUUCAUCUACGACGAGACGAGACGAUUCUACUUGCGCCGAAAUCCAGGCGGCUGGCUCGAGCAAGAAACUUACUACUAGACAGGCAACACGCUGAUUGCGCGCGCAAGAGAAAGAGCCGACAGACGCAUACCCACACAGAACGAGAAAAAAAUUCAUAUUUUACGAGUUUUACCAUCGAAACUAUCGACAGCAACAGCAGUUACAACCACCACCACCACCACCACCGUCAUCAUUAUUAUUAUUGUCACCACCACCAUCACAACUAAAUACCACACCCAGCAAGACAGUUAUAUACAAAAAAACCAACAUCGCCAUCCGCCACCGCCGCGCAACCACAAAACUACGAUGAUAAUAAUAUAUCGAUAACAAUAAUCAGUCAGUCACACAUUUUACACGAAAAUAAAAAAAAAAGCGCAAGCAGCAGUUUACGUCACAUAGAUCUUAUCUAUCUGUUCGAUGGGCCAUUCACAAGUGGACACAAAUAAUUAUUAUUCAUUAAAGGAGAAAAGAAAAAUAAUUACAAAAAAAUAAUCGCUAACGAUAAUAGCUCAGCUCGCUUGGCUUUAGAUUCUAUAUCUUCAUCGAUUAUUAAGCAAAGAGAAAACAAAGUAAAUACACUAAAAAGACGCAACACAAUACUAACGACACGACGACGACCUGGUCGUCGCUGAGUUUUCUCCUCGACGACGACGCCGCCGAUCGAGAACAAUACACUAGAGCGCUGAGUAUUAUUAAUAAUAUUAUGUAAAAAACUAACAGAGAAAAAAUGUGAGAAAAAUUUAAAAAAAAAUGAAACAAAUGAUUGUGUGUAGGGUAUGCGAAUCUCGUCGUUUCUACGCUCUUUCAACGGGGUGAAAAUAAUAGCGACUCGCAGUGUGAUCUCCUUGAAUCUUCGGCUCAAACUAAACUCCGUGGAAGAGACGUUGGAACGAUGAACCACGUGCGAGUGAGAAAACAAAACAAAACAAGUGUAUGUACGAGCGAACGAAUGCAAGAAUAAAAGAUUGCGAGUAGAAAAGGCCUAAAAUGCCGAGGCGUGUGGCUAAACAGAGUAGCGAACAAAAACAAAAUAAAAUAAAACAAGUAGUUGAGCAUAUUUACAAGUAAGAGCUAACAAAAACAUAGACAACUCGAAAUGUUGAUUUUGAACACUGGAGUCGAUGAGUAGAGCAACAAAAAUCGAGAACACAAGAAAAAGAGAAUUAAAUAUAAUGAAGAAACAAACGAACAAACAUAUAUAGAACGAUUCGCAAUAUUGGACUCGAUCUCAAGCCCGGCGAAAUGUGCGAGUACGACGUGUUCUAUAUAUUCCCCGAUGCGCGUGUUGCCAUGGGAUUAUGUAACGAUAUAUAAAUAAUAAUAAAUUGAAGACACACAAAUACCACAUAGGCACCUCUGGAAAACAAAGGGCUUGCGACGCAUUGUGCGUUGCACGCAUUUCCAUGAUAAUAAAUGAUAUUAAACGAGUAUACAAGGACGACGGAUGGAAGCUUUCAAAUAUAUCACGCAGAGUUAGAAGAGCAGAAGAGUCACACGAGGAUUGGGAGUCAACGGCACUGAUGACAAUUGUACACGUAGAAACGUCUUGUGAUACCGAAAAUCUUAGACGAGAAAUAAAUAAGUGAAAUAUGAAAAGGAUCUUAUAAUUAUUAAUUAAAAAAAGUGAUUAAUAGAAUAUCGCGAAGACGAGACGUUUAGUUUCAUCAUCGCGAUGUGACAUCAACUGAUUCUUCAUAGAUAAACUUAUUAAUUACAAUAUGAUAGAAAAUGGCAUGCCCUAUAGUUGAAGAAAAAUCGACAGGUGUUCUAAGUAAUGCCGAAGAAAGAAUCUAACAAAAAUUAGCAAAACAAAGGAUAUCGCAGUAUUGAUUAUUAAUUAUUAAUUAAUUAAGGAUGACGGAUAAUUAAGGAGAAGAAAAGUGAAUUCAAGUAUAAUGUUGUUCGGUUCGAGUUUUAUCCAAGUAGCUAAUGCAUCAGAUCGCAAUGCAUAUAUUCAAAUAGUUAAAUCUUUGUUGGAGUUCUUAUACUGGAAUGUCACGGACUAGAUAGAGAGGAGCGGGAACGGAGCGAUGUGUUUUUUACACGGCGAAGGAUCGACGGGCGGAGUAGAUUGCGGAUCAAGAUACGGAAGAUGAAACGAGGAACGGACGACGACGAAGAAGACGAAGUUGGAUAGUAUAUAAAUAUUUAGCGCUUAAACAAACAUCAUUACCACCUAAGGAGGAUUUCAUUAAAUUAAAUAAUAAAAGGAAAAAAUGAUGAGAAAAAGAGACAAAAAUACGUUAUUUAAUUAAUGCGCGAGCAAAUCCCAAAAUGAAAACUAUGUGUUACCGAGGCGGAGUGUGUUUGAGCAAACAAAAAAAAUAAUUAUUUAGUAGAAAAAAAUACAAAAAAAUAAUUAAAGAGUAUAACAGAGCAGGAGUAUAGUGAUAAAAGAUGUUAUUGAUUAUGAGUAACGAUAUUACGAGAAAAAACACGUUUAAUGGUCAAAUUGUAAUUACAGCAUGCGAUGGUAGAAACAUUUGAAAAAAUAAAAUAAAUUUCAAGAAUUUCAAAAAGUAGAAGCAAAUCAAAAUUGCGCGGUACGAGAUCGUUUAAUGCAAAUUACUCUACAACAGUAAGAUUUCAAACAAAACUAAUCCUUACAAAGUUUAACGCUGUUUUAGACCGAAACGAAAGAUUGCGAGACCAAAAUUGAAUAAAGCAACUAGCAUUUAAAGAGGAAAAAAUCCACACACAUUCUUUAUGUAGGUGAAACAAAAAAAAAUUAAAAAUGAAAAGAUAUUUGAAAUCAAUGCUAAACGUAAAGAUUAACAGCAGUACAUGCAUUCUCUCUUAGUUUUCCAUUUUUCCAUAGUUUUAAACGCGGAAAUGCAAACAAACUUAUCAGCUUGCUAUGAAUAUAUAAAUUGAAAUAUUAUACACCUAAACCCCCGGUAUGCAGAACGCCCUGUCGCAGCGACUUGCCACAGCGCAUCACAAUACAACAGAAUCCCCAAUUCGAAUGAUGCUCUUCAACUCUGAUAACGUGAAUAUAAGCUAUGCGUACGAACGGACAAGUGUAAAGUCUCGAAUACUCGCAAAGUUACCCAAAGUGUUCAAUAAAGAUUAGACAAAAAAAGUAUCGACAUCGAGGUAUGUGUACAGAGGUACGUUUUUCCAUCAACCAGAGAACGCGAACAAAAAUAUAUAUAUAUAUGUAUAUGUACUUCGUGGUCGCGACGAGAAACUUCUGAGAAAGAAGCAGCGCCGAUGCGCCGAUUGCUGAUCUAUUGAAAAUCGGCGCACCGAAGCGCGACGGUCGUCGCAACAGCGAAGUCUUGGCUAUGUUUUUUCUCGGCGAAUUCGGCGCGAAGGGCGAGCAAAGUCGCGCACGACUGUCGGUCGCACCUCCAAAACGCGACCGCGGACAAGCUUCCUUCGCACUCGUGAACUUCAUCCUUCCGUUUUUCUUCUUCGGGUCUCAACGAAUCGCGCACACGCGCUUGCGUCAACGUGGCAACGAACGGCGCGCGCGUGUCCAGCAUUGAGUUCUUUUUGUAUCGAAUAAAGCAGCUGCCUGAAGAUCCCGUGGUUGUCGACGCACAGGGUGUUCCGUGACCCGGGGCCUUCCUCACCAAGAAAAAAAUCAAUCCCCCCCCCAUCCAUCAGCUCUACCUAUAUUCUACUAAUGUAGGUCGAGCUCAACAAAAAUAAUACUUUACCGUCGUGCGCCGCCUCUCACUUUAGGCUAAUUAUUUAAAAGGACAACAUUAACGAUAUAAUGAAUAAUAAUUAUUAUGAUAAUUAUGAUAACAUUAAUAAUAAUAAUAAUGAUAAUAUAAUACAUGUUACAGUAAGAUAUUAUUAGAUGUAAUUAUUAUAUAUGGUUUAGUAUAGAUCGUGUUGUUGAAGAAAAAAAAGAAAAAACAAAGUAUAUAAUAAGAUGACGAAAAAGAGCUAACGAGUGUAACGAGAAGUGAAACGGGAGCGCGACGGAAGAACAAUAAAAUAACAGCGACACAAAAAAAAGUCAACGAGAUAAUAGAAAGCGUCGAGAAGGUAGCGGUUCGAUUGGAUUACUGGUCUAAGACCAGUUCAAUGAAAGGAAAAGAUAAUUGUCAGGGCGGCGGACUGAGCGGCAUGACGAGACGCGCAAAAUUGGCUCCAUGCACGAUGACUUUUCACGGGAACUAAUCAAUGUUUGUUUCUUUAUUGUUGCGAACACUCAUGCGACUUGAUUGCUUUUACCGGAAUGCAUAAUACUCAUGCGUUUUCAACUUUGUUUUAUUUGAUUCCUCCAAGUCUUCUUAUUUUUUUGUACUUUUCUAUUGCAUUAUAUUUUUUAUACAGAAUUCAUGGCGCGCCGUUAAUUUCCGCAUGCAAAGUCAGUAAACGUAAUAAGAGAUGGACUAUGGGGGAUCGUCGAGGAAAAUGUAUGAGCUUGUCGUCGCGGGAAAUCGACGGACGAUAAUGGGCCGAUAAGACGCGACGAAAAUAAUAAAACAAAAAAACUUUUAAAGAAGUUCGAGCUGCGAAGUAUAAUCUCGAGCGCGAGAGAUUGUCUUUUUUUCAUUACUCCAGCGUUGUUGCUUUUACUCAGAAACGCAACCUAAGCUUUAUGUAGGCAAAUAAAUGUAACAUACGCGCUGUAUGCGACUUAAUAUCCAUUGUUGUUACACGACACAGACACGAGAAUCGAAAUAUCAAAUCACGCGUACGUGCACACACAUUGAAACACACAAAGUAUACGUGUUAGCGGUGUUAUAUCAAUGUACAACUAUACGGUGUGUCGAAUCAAGAGGAGAGGAAGAAAAAGCAACGUCUCGCGCUCGGCGGACGAAAAAUCUAAACGUUUAAAGUGUCGAGACCCGCGCAGCCCGCCGGGAUGAGAGUAAAUAAAAACGAAAAAAAACUAGAUAACAAAGGGAGAGGAGCAAGAAAAAAUUGAAUAAUGUUUUAUUAAUAUUGUACAUAUUUUAAAUAAUUGAAAGAACGAAACGGACAGAAUAUCGUGCGCGAUCGGGUACACGGCUGCGAGGCAGCGCUCCCUCGCACUUUUUUGCGUUUUUCAUUUUUUAGCACCGAAAUAUAUAAUACAUUGAUAAAUACGGGACGAGAAAUUUUGCGAGAAAAAGUUGAACGUUGAUAUCUAAAUACACGAUACACAUGAUGAUAGACAUUUGGGAUGUAACGCACUCGGUUGUGGCACUUGUUGAAGUUUAUUUUUUUUUGCAAAGUCGAGCACGGGUGGCUUUUGACAAUAAGGGCAUUCGAAAAUCAGCGAAUUUGUUAAAUGACCCGCAAAUUUAUUCGCCAUUGUUGUUACGAGGUCGUACAUACGUUGUGAAUUUCAAAUCAACGCAAUUUACUCUACUUCACUAUUCAACAGUUUGCUGAAUUGGUAUUAGCUUUGCUUUCAAUCAAUCGCUGAUUGUAAUACAACGAUGCCCUUAUUCAAAAAGUCAAGUAAUGUUGUUCGUUCAGAGGACAAUUGUGACAAGUUGAAAAACAGAAACACAUCGACUACAAGAUUGAAUAACAUAAAUAUGGGAUUAAGAAAAACGCGAAGAGUGGCAUUUAUAUCGACAACAUAGCGAAUGGAAAAAACAAAUGCAAACAUAAAAAAAGUACGCGAGGCGCGCGCGAUGGAGAAUGAUCAUUCGGAAUGCGAGAGAGCGAGAAAACGGAUAACAAUAAAGAAAAAAAAACACGUACAUUACUCUAUAUCCGAACUCUUGUAAUUUCUGAUUGACGAUUUUUUUCGUAUGAUUAUUAUAUCGAUAAGUUCUGUUUUCACACGCGAAUAAAUUAAGAGUAAAAAAUAUGAAAAAAGAAUAAAAUGAGAGACAUUGUCCAACCCAAGUGUCAUUACUUUUGAUGUUAAAUAAAAAAUACAUAAUUAAUA